AUGAACAAAACAUUGAUCGCGUUCGUUGUGAUUUGUUGUUAUUCCUCGUAUCGUGAUAAUUUGUCAUUACUGUCAUUAAUAUGUACUAUACAUAGACAAUGCGUUGUCAAUAGCUGUAUUUUUAGUGAUCAGACAUCUCUUAUUUAACAUUUAAUUUAACAAUUAAUUUGCGAUUAACAUCUAACAUUCUAAUCCAAGAGAGAAUCUCUUUUUCGAGAAAUGGAUUCCGAAAAAAAUGAUUCCGGUAAAAUCGGAGAACAGCUGGUUACUCGGUGGCGACAAAACCAGGAGGAUGUGUCUAUUACCUCGAAUAAAAUCGAUAGGCCGCCGACGGGUUUCGUGAGAUCUCAAAGCAAGUUUGAACGACCAAGGUCUCGACGUGGACAUAAAGAUGAAUCGUCGGAGUAUAUCAAUUCGGCUACAUAUCGUUCAGCAACACCAGGGCGCCUUGCUCUUGCGAGACCACCAUCGGCAUCUCUUUUAUCGAAUCGUGUACCAACCGCGGCUCCAGGUGGAUUCAGGAUAGGCUCUGGACUGAAUCGUUCUGGCACAGGACUAGCAACUGCUAAGCAGUUCAACGUCAAUGUGUUGGAUAGACCAAUUACCCAGCAUGGAAUAGCAGGCAUACGACCGGGUACCACCAGAGGUCUGCCAAUGACGAGGCAGAUUCAAGACAAGAGAUACUACGAGGGUCUGCUGCAGCUGAAAAUAAGAGAAUUGAUGCAAGAGAUCGGAAUCAUAAUGAAGGACAUUGAAGUGCAGAACAAGGAGAAAGCUACUUUCUUACAUUAUGAUAAGAGAGCCAAGAGCCUUGCCGCAGAGUUGAUGAAUCUACAGGCUGAAUUAGCGGAUUACAAUCUUGUCGUGGAUAAAAUGACUCUGGAUGUGAGCAAGGAGGUGAUCGAAGAGGAGGCUAAGGAACUGGCGCUGAUGAAUGAACAUAGGACGGCAGAAGUCGAGCGGAUGUUCGAGCAACGGAAGCAAAUGGAACAAAAACUGCAUAUGACAGAAAAGGAUAUCGAGAAUGAGAGAAAAAGGACCGAACAUAUCAUUGAGAGUAUGGAUCCACCCAUAAAAGAGAAGUACGAUAAUCUAUUCCGACAGAAAACAGAAUUACAAGAACAAGCACAGCAAUUGCAGCGCGAAUUAGACCAACUAUCAAAAGAGCAAGCGCGUUUGGAGGAGCAAAUCGCUCUCUCUCCAUUAAAGCAAGAGGCGGUGAAACUGCAAGUGAGAAUCAUCGAGGCAGAGGAAAAGCGGGACAAGCUACGGGAGGAAGAAUGUAAAAAAUUAUCACCGGAAGAUGAGAAGGAGCAACUAUUACAGAAAAUCAAGCGUGACAAUACUGACAUUGCUGCAACAGAGGCGCAAAUAGCUGAGAAAGAGAAAAAGGUGGCAGAACUCGAGCAACAAUUGGAACAGCUGGAGACUGACAUGGAGGAUACUCAAUCAGAGAAGCAAACUAAGUAUCAGGAAUUGCGUAAGCGCGAGGAGAUGAUGGAGGAAUUUAUGUCCACGUAUGAACAGAGCAAACAAGAGGAAAUGGAGAAACUGGAAAAACUCGAACAGGAGAUUGUUGAUAAGCUAGAGACCAUGGCAAACGCGAUAGAGAAUAACGAGUACCUCACGGAAGCUGAAGAAACAGCUAUUUUACGUGAUAAAUUUCCAUACAAUAAUUACGAAACCGUGCAUCGCGAUGAUGAUUUUGAAGAGCUAAAGAAAGAUUAUGCAACUAUGCAACAAACAUUCAACAGAUUAAGAAUUCUAGAGGAAAAGCUGCAGCUAGAAUCCAAGUUGAUGAAAGAGAAGCUGAAGAAACAACAGAGCGAAUUAAUUGUCUUAGAGGAUUUGGAUGGCUUAAAAACACGAAAUGAACUCGAACGGGACGAAUUAAUUACCGAACGAGAAGGACUGGUGUCCGAAGAGUCAAUCUGCGAGGACGAGCUCAAGUCACUGUAUACAGAAUAUAACGAACUUAAAGAGCGAAUGGAGAAAUAUGCGAUUUAUCCGGAGAUCAGUAAUCUAGAUGAUAAAUUAGAAAAAUUGAAAGAAGAUAAUAAAAAAAUCGAGGAAUUCAUAGCUAAAGAAAAGGAGCGCGUUAAUUAUGAACCAAUCAAAGAGAAAGCUUUUGAACUAAUUAAUAGUUAUGGAGCACUACUCCGAGAGAAUCUCAAAUCUCUUUAUUAG